AUGACCAGCGACGCUUUUAACAUCGAUCACGCUGAGGACUUCGACGACGGAACGCGUGCGAUAGUGCACGAAGAUGCAUCGUCAGUCUGCGAAGAUGAGCUGGCGAGCGCAACUCGCUUAGGAAUGUCUUUUAAGCAUGCCAAUGCUAGAGAUAUGGACAAACAGCGCGAGCAAGUAUCGGAGUUGCGUGUGAAAAAUUGGGAUGCAGAAGGUGUAAUGGGCAGCAAUGAAUAUGCAGGAAAAGUAGUGAAACGGGCGGACUUGAAAGAUGGAAUGGAAUCGCCGGACGAAGACGCGAUGGCCGAGUGGUCGGACGCUGAGCCGUUCGGAGCAUCUGACGAUGAGGAAGAGCAAGUGAAGGAGGGUUUAAAGAGAGAUCAAUCCGAGGAUAGUGAAGAUGAGGGUAAUAGUGUCGAAUUACUCGUCCGAAGUUUUCAAAAGGAAGACUCGGCACGACUUAUAAGUGUGCAAAACAGUGACAAGGUCGUUCAGAAGGCCGUCCACGUACGAAACCAGAAGCUGAUCUGGGAGCGAUGUCUUGAAGCGCAGAUUUACACUAAGCGACUACUGGCCACAAUAAAGGAUGCAGUGGCUUACGAGACGGUUGGAGAUUUGACUGAUGAUGAAACAACAAUUCAGUCAAAAGAAAAGGUCAUAAGUGAUCUUUACAAAUGUAUUGACGCCGUGUCUUCAUUGCAAACAAAGCUAUGUAACGUCUCAGAAUUGAGUGCUCCCGACCUACCGACAAAGAAGCGAAAGCGCACGUGUGAUGAUCUAUGGCAGGAGAUUACGACCAGCAACCAAGCGAUGCUUCCCCAAUACAACGACAUUCUUAACACAUAUAUGCGCAAGACAGAUUUAUUAGCUGGAGGCAAGAAUAACCAAGGCAAAAAGUUUAAGGCUGUAAAUCAGGAUAUUCUAACCCAGGUUGAGUCGGUGCUUGUUGAUCCUCAGCGAGUGAAGCGAAAGGCCCAUGCGCCAGUAGAUGCUAAAGCACCUGAGGCAGUAGGGGGAGAAGAAGACCAACUGGACGAGCUCGUGUAUGACGACUCGGACUUCUACCAGCAGCUUCUUAAGGAAUAUAUCGAAAAUGGUGGGGGCGCUAACCAAGACGCAAUUGUAAGGCGCACCCACCGCAAGAAGAAGAAACUCGUGAAUCGCAAAGCAAGCAAAGGCCGUCAAUUGCGGUACACAGUGCACCCUAAGCUGGAAAACUUUAUGUUUCCAGAGCCCUAUCCGACACCGGAGAUGGAUGUUGAUGAGUUGUUCCGCUCGCUUUUCGGUCAAAUUCGACAUUAG